AUGUUGCUACGCUUGGGCUCGCUGAGCUUUGAGCUCAGCAUGUGGAGUCCCGUCUAUGCCGUCGCGCCCUUUGUCUUGCUCUCCAUAUCCAUCCCGCUCGCCUUCUUCGCCCUCGUUACCACGUCCAUCGCCAUCACGCUUCUGUCGUUGCGCGCAUUGGCCAUCUACUUCCGCUUGGCCGUUGCCAUUGUAGGCGCGUGGCUCUCUCCGUUGCCUCCAUCAAAACACAACCCUCUCCGUCGUUCUCGCCCCGUACCCGCGUCAGCCCGACAUUCACCAAAGAGCGUGCACCAGCGCUCCCGCCGUACCAGUAUCACCGGCACAGCAUCCAUCCAGGGCCCUGGUGCCUAUUCUGCUCAGUCUACAAACUUUCUUCAGCGAAAGAACAACUCGCUUACCGCUCUGAUCGGUACCAGCGAGUUGACGCGAGAUUUUGAAGGCGUAGGUGGCUGGAGAGUCGCAGGUGAUGACGAUGAAGAGGCAUUGUGGAUGGGCAUUAACUCAAGACUCGAACUACCUGCCGAGACACCAACCAGACGGCGCAGGUUAAGCUAUACGGGCACUGCCAGCCCAGGUCAGCGAUUGAGCAUCGGAUCGGAGAUCUUGCGGAUGAGUCCGGUGCAAAGCAGAUCGAGGACACCCGUACGUUUUGUGCAUGACGAUGAGUAUGGCUACUUCCCCCAGCAGCCCAUACCAAACAACACACGCUUCAGCCACAGCCCAGACACCGCCCACGAACGCAAGAGACGAAAGAGCACUAGCGCGAGUAGCACGUCCAGCAACACGUCAACUGGCUUGACAAUAGCAACAAAGCAUGCAGGAGAGAAAUUCUGA